GAUGGUAUAUUUUACAGUCCGGCUUCGAAGAACUAGCUAAAGACAGGUGUUCCACGGGCCCACAAUUUGACCGUGACUCGUACUCGUCAAGAUCUAGGGCCGAUUCACAUGCACACUCAUCAUGUUACAGUCAUUGGAUUCUGGACGUCAGUUACCAUAUCCAGCUAAUAACGAUCCUUCUCCGCAGGGUUCUUCAUCCACGUAAGCCACGAGGCGAACAUGAACGCUUCGAUAUUCCUUGCAUAAGAGUCUGUUCGCGAUGUAGUACAGCACAGGGGUUUCUCCCAUCUUUUGCAUUCUAUAAGCCCUCCCAUAUACUAUGUCCUCCAGUACAGAGCGAAGGAGCGAAAGCGCCGAUUCAAGGCGCACGCCCACUCCGCCUCCCGUUGACGAGAUGCCCCUCGCCGCCUUUUUCGCUCAAUUCGCAUCGUUCUCCUUCGACGAGAAACAGCCCUCAUACCAGAACUUCGGCCGCCUCGUCAAAGUCCUGAAAUGUGACGUCAAAGAUCAUCAGAAGCGCAUAGCACUAGCACGAGAGGGAUUCAAUGACGCGCUCGUUCAUGAAUUUAAUGUGCGUUUCGGAAUUGAUCAAAACGACAUCUCGAACUGGCAGAAUUUGUGCGGUGUGCUGAGGAUUGAUCCCGUUCCGAAUUCUGUCAAGAAAUGUCGCAAGCGCGUUUGGGACAUGCAUGUCAACCUUGUAGACCUGGUUGAUUCACAGAGGACUGGGAAGCCUGUGAAACUGUUUGCAUCCUUGGAAGACUUGAGAACAUAUACUCUUCAGACGAGGAAAAUAUUUCCGAAGGAGACUCGUGCCUAUCAAGGCGGGUUACUGAAGGAGUUGCUAAGGGAGAUAAAAAACACGUACUUUGGGAGGCGCGGGCCCGGGAACGGGAGUGCGAAGAAGAAAGAAAGAAAGAAGAAACAGAAGGCCGCAAGGGCAGCAGCGGGAGGUAAAUGAACGCGUGUUUAGUGGUGAAGGAGCUGUCCCUUUCAACUCGUUUCGCAACAUUCGCUUUCAUUACGUUCUC